AUGCACUCAUAUGGCCUUGGGGCCCUAAUUCAGGCCCUACUAACAGGCCUCGUUUGGGCCUCCACAUCUGUUGAACGGGCUCCUCCUGGUACCUCGUCACUGACGUUUGUUUUCGACACAACUGGUUCAAUGAAUGACGACUUGAUACAGGUUCAAGAUGGAGCCAGAAAGAUUCUCGACACUGUCCUGAAACAACGAGAAAAGCUUAUUUAUAAUUAUGUUUAUGUACCUUUUCAUGAUCCAAGUAAGCACUUUCUCAGUUUCGUUGGUUGUAUUCUUCUUAAAUUAUGA